AUGGCUGAGGAUAACCCGGAGCUGCAGGUCGCCUUGCGCCAGCUAGACCAGGAGUUCGAUGACGGCGAGAUCACUCAAAAAGGAUACGAAAAGCGUCGUACCCUGAUUCUAUCCCAUUACCUAUCUACAAACAACGGUGACCCCACAGACAGAGGCCUCAGGAUUGCUAAUCCAGGAAAUGCGGCGAACCGUCGGGCCUCCCAUCUUGGUUUAUACUCUCCUGCAACGUCGUCGCAGGGCAGUCGUCCGGCCAGCUCGACUUUGUCAGAUGAACGUCAACAAUCCGAAUCACUGUCUGCAAACUUCAUUGGCGGAGACCAGGAACGUGUAAAGGGUGACCAGAUGGCUGGAAUGAAUGCUAUGGCUGAUGCUCACUAUCAAAUGCAAGCUGGAAAUCAGCUGGCACAGAUUCAGGAGAGAGAACUGGACCUUUCGUUUGGGGUCGAGCGGAACCCGUCUUCAGCAUCGAAAGAUUCGCUUUUUCUUCCUCGAGGCCAAGCACCAUCAGGAAGUAAUUAUGGCACCUCUCGAUCUGGUACUCUAACGAGUCAUAACUACGCAUUUAAUCCAGCCGAUAAGCCUAGCUACGGGGAACCCCGCACCAGUACAUAUAGCCCACCAGGUGGUAACGGUGGUUAUAUGCGACAGUCUACGAUGCUAGACUCACAACAGGCCUUUUUCUCAGACUUCGCUGGUCAGCAAAUGGAGGACCGUCGAAAUAGCUAUGGAGGGUCCUUCCAACGGUACUCAACCCAAACUGAACCAUUUUCACCAGUCGCCAACAUGGCUCCGCCCUUGAUGAACACGGCCGAUUUACCACAGGGAAUGGACGUCGAUCAUCUGUUACCCCUCGAACCUCGAGAUAUACCCUUUGACGUUCACGAUCCUCACGAUCCCAGCAUGUCCAUGUCGAAGUUCGAUAAUUUACCCUCAGUCCUGAGGCAUCGCGCACGGACUCAUCCAAAACAGCCCGCUUACUGGGUAUUGGAUCAGCGCGGAAAAGAAAUAGCGUCAAUUACAUGGGAGAAGCUGGGGAGUCGGGCGGAAAAGGUUGCGCAAGUCAUCCGUGAUAAAAGCAGCUUGUAUCGAGGGGAUCGGGUAGCACUCAUAUACCGAGACACUGAGAUUAUUGAAUUUGCCGUUGCGAUCCUAGGCUGUUUCACUGCAGGAGUUGUAGCUGUUCCCAUCAACAACCUUGAAGACUACGCUAGCCUCAACGUUAUUCUUACAUCCACCCAGGCUCAUCUCGCCUUGACGACCGAGAACAAUCUGAAAACUUUCCAGAGGGACCUUACAACUCAAAAGCUGAAUUGGCCCAGAGGGGUGGAAUGGUGGAAGACUAAUGAGUUUGGAAGUUACCAUCCGAAAAAGAGAGAGGAUAUUCCUGCACUCGUUGUCCCGGAUUUGGCCUACAUUGAAUUUUCCAGGGCACCUACUGGUGACCUGCGGGGCGUUGUGAUGAGCCACCGGACAAUCAUGCACCAGAUGACCUGUCUUAGUGCUAUAGUAUCUUCCUCCAACCCUGGCGGUAAUACCCGGCAAGCAAGACCGCAUGGCGAAACCCUAUUUAGCUAUUUGGAUCCUAGACAAAGUAUUGGUAUGAUUCUUGGGGUUUUGUUUACGGUGUAUGGUGGCCAUACAACUGUCUGGCUGGAGGCACUGGCAGUUGAAACCCCUGGUCUCUACGCCAGUUUGAUUACAAAAUAUAGGGCUACACUCAUCUCGGCGGACUAUCCAGGGUUGAAACGUGCCGUCUACAAUUACCAGCAAGAUCCCAUGGCAACCAGAAACUUCAAAAAGGGCUCGGAACCAAAUUUCUCCAGUCUUAAACUCUGUCUCAUUGAUGCUCUUACCGUUGACCCUGAAUUCCAUGAGAUUCUGGCUGACAGAUGGCUGCGUCCUCUUCGCAAUCCACGUGCUAGAGAGCUAGUUGCUCCCAUGUUAUGUCUACCUGAGCAUGGUGGCAUGGUUAUUAGCGUUCGUGAUUGGCUUGGUGGUGAAGAGCGUAUGGGAUGUCCCCUCACACAUGAAAUGGACCCUGCUCCACAGGUUGAGUUACCUGAAACAAAAAAGGAAGAGAAGGUUGAGAGCGUUAAGACUGGGUUUGGAAGUAGUUUGAUUGGUGGAACUGCCGUCCCAACCCCAAAACAAUCUAAAAGCAAUAGAGUUGAGUUGAAUCAGGUUCUCCUUGACAAAGAGGCACUUAAAAAUAAUGAGGUUGUUGUGCUAGCGAUGGGAGAAGAGGAAAGGAAACAGGCCGAAACUAUGCCCAAUACCGUCCGGGUUGGCGCUUUUGGAUAUCCUCUUCCAGAUGCCACCUUGGCUAUUGUCGACCCUGAGACUGGAUUGCUAUGUACGCCGAAUAUAAUUGGCGAGAUUUGGGUUGACUCUCCUUCACUCUCAGGUGGCUUUUGGGCAUUACCAAAACAUACUGAGGCGAUAUUCCAUGCUCGACCAUACCGAUUUCAAGGCGGGAGUCCUACUCCAGUGAUUGUUGAACCUGAAUUUCUCCGUACGGGACUUCUGGGAUGUAUCAUCGAGGGCAAAAUAUUCGUCCUUGGUCUGUAUGAAGACCGUUUGCGUCAGAAGGUAGAGUGGGUGGAGAAUGGUGCAGAGUCCACAGAGCACCGCUAUUUCUUCGUUCAGCACUUGAUUAUCAGUAUCAUGAAGAACGUACCUAAAAUUCAUGACUGCUCGGCCUUCGACGUGUUUGUCAACGAUGAGCAUUUGCCCGUUGUUCUUUUGGAGUCUUAUGCUGCGUCGACCGCACCGACGACGUCUGGUGGACCACCACGACAACUUGACAUAGCUCUUUUGGACUCCCUUGCCGAGCGAUGUGCCGAGAUCCUAUAUCAAGAACACCAUCUUCGGGUCUUCUGCAUAAUGAUAACAGCUCCAAACACGCUACCACGAGUUACGAAGAACGGGCGACAGGAAAUUGGAAAUAUGCUAUGCCGGAAGGAGUUUGAUAACGGGUCAUUACCAUGUGUGCACGUGAAGUUUGGCGUUGAACGGUCUGUUUUGAAUCUGCCCAUCGGGGUUGACCCUGUUGGAGGAAUCUGGUCUCCCAUGUCAUCGGCUGCACGACUCGGUGCGCUGGUAAUGCAAGACAAGCAAUACUCAGGCGUUGACUAUCGAGACGUUGUGAUGGAUGACCGAACCUCCACCCCCUUGAACAAUUUCACUAGCAUCGUUGACCUCUUGCAAUGGCGAGUGUCUCGACAGACUGAGGAGCUUGCCUAUUGCUCGAUUGAUGGGCGUGGGAAAGAGAGCAAAGGAAUUACAUGGAAAAAGUUCGAUUCCAAAGUUGCUGCAGUGGCUAUGUACCUGAAAAAUAAGGUCAAGCUCAAACCUGGGGACCAUGUGAUUCUCAUGUAUACGCAUUCUGAGGAGUUUGUUUUUGCAGUCCAUGCCUGUUUUUGCCUUGGAGUAAUUGGGUUGCCAAUGGCCCCAAUCGACCAAAACCGACUCUCGGAAGAUGCUCCAGCGUUCCUUCAUUUGAUCGCCGAUUUUCGUGUACGAGCAAUUCUUGUUAACCACGAUGUCAAUGAUUUGCUGAAGGUGAAAUCGAUUGCACAGCACAUCAAACAAUCAGCUCAUGUUCUUCGUAUCAAUAUCCCUCCUACUUAUAACACAGGGAAACCCCCUAAACAAUCGCAUGGCUGCCGCCAUCUUGGCUUGACAAUGAAAAAGGAAUGGCUUGAUUCUGGUAGGCCAGCAAUGGUUUGGACGUAUUGGACUCCGGAUCAACGCAGAAUGUCCGUCCAGAUCGGCCAUGACACGAUUAUGGGAAUGUGCAAGGUGCAAAAGGAAACUUGCCAAAUGACUAGUACACGUCCGGUAUUGGGCAGUGUGCGUAGUACGAUCGGGCUCGGGUUCAUUCACACUUGUUUGAUGGGGUGCUACGUUGGUGCCCCAACAUAUCUCUUCUCCCCGCUUGAUUUUGCCACAAAUCCUGUCUCACUCUUCCUUGCUUUGGCGAGAUACAAGAUUAAGGACACCUAUGCCACUAGUCAGAUGCUGGAUUACGCCAUGGGCAGCAUUGCCGGGAAAGGGUUCCAGUUGCAUGAAUUGAAGAAUUUAAUGAUUGCAUCUGAAGGGAGACCCAGGGCUGACAUCUACCAGAAGAUUCGAUUGCAUUUUGCUGCGGCAGGGCUCGACCGAACAGCCAUCAAUACAAUCUACUCUCAUGUCCUUAAUCCCAUGAUCGUCUCCCGCUCCUACAUGUGCAUCGAGCCUGUAGAACUUUGGCUGGAUACCAAGUACCUUCGACAGGGGCUGAUUUAUCCUGUCGAUCCUGACUCUGAACCAAACUCGCUGCGGGUUCAAGACUCUGGGAUGGUGCCUGUAAGCACGCAGAUUGCCAUUGUCAACCCCGAGACCUGUUGCCUUGCGCAUGUGGGCGAGUAUGGUGAAAUCUGGGUACAGUCUGAAGCCUGCGCAAAGGCAUUCUACGGAACGAAGCAAGAGUUUGAUCUGGAGCGGUUCAGGGGAAGGACUGUCGAUGGAGAUCCUUCUGCUAUCUAUGUUCGCACUGGUGACUUGGGUUUCUUGCAUACGGUUACUCGACCAAUUGGCCCUGGUGGUCAGCCGGUGGAGAUGCAAGUUUUGUUUGUUCUGGGGGGGAUUGGGGAGACUUUCGAAAUCAAUGGCCUCAACCAUUUCCCUGUGGAUAUUGAGACAACGAUAGAAAAAUGUCACCGAAAUGUUGUCCCUGGUGGAAGCGCGGUAUUCCAAGCUGGUGGUCUUGUGGUAGCUCUCAUUGAAGUCACUCGAAAAGCGUACUUAGCUUCUCUUGUACCCGUGAUCUUGAAUGCAAUUCUCAACGAGCACCAAGUUGUCGCGGAUAUCAUCGCAUUUGUACCGCGAGGCGACUUCCCCCGCUCCCGUCUAGGGGAGAAACAACGUGGGAAGAUCUUGGCAUCAUGGGUGACUCGAAAAAUGCAGACUAUAGCUCAGUUUAAUAUUCGUGAUGGCGAGGGCUUUGAUAGUCAUCUCAUUGACCUCCCUGAACGCACCAGAACAACCUCCAAGGUCCCCAGCACCACGGAAGUUGGAAGCCGUCAUCCUACUCCACAAUCAGAUCCUGAAAGUCAUACCCCACAACGUCAACAGGAAUCUGCAGCCCCGGUAGAGCAAACAACUCCGACAGAACGGGUUAAUUCCUUUACCCUCCCAGCUGCUGUGCCAAGCCUUUCUCCACUAGCAGCAUCAUUUCGUGAGAAUGACGAGGAGAGCACCAAAAACUACAACUCCACAGACUUUGACUAUCGUCUUUCAUUUGGCGAUAAAUCCAAAAAUGACUUCGACGAUUAUGAAGAUGAUGACGAGCCCAUGGAAAAGCCUACUCGUCUGGCAAUCGUGAACCCAGAAGAGUCGGACAAUGAUGAUAACACCAAUCAGCACUCCAGCCCGGCGCCCCGUCCACUGGAGCUCGUCGGAGGUGUCGAUAAUUCCAACGACAGUAACAGCAACACUGACAAUGUUAAUGACAAACCACAACGAGAAUACGACUUCGAUUACGACUCCUUCUUCUCGUCUAACACUCAAGGUCAAGGUCAAGGUUAA